AAAAAAUAUAAAAUGGGAGAGACGGCAGCAGUUGGGUUUCUCUUGGCUUCGCUGCGUGUGGAGUUUGGCAGUGUGGCGUGGUGAUUGACUGUGGUGUCGUGGCUCACCUUCACUCAUUCACUUCUCUUCUCUAAGAAGAAGAAGAAGGAUAGAAGAUGGGAGAGUGGAUCCCCCAAUCUGGGAAUAAUAAUGGAAGUUAUUUCCAAUUCCCUCCUCAUGCUCCUGCUUCUGCUCCUCCUCCUCCUCAUCCCCCACAUGGUCAUGGACAUGGACUCCCUCCUUCUCCUAUCAGGUUCUCCGAUCGCGAAAGAUAUUUGGCCGAACUCUUGGCUGAGAGACAAAAGUUGGGACCCUUUUUGCAAGUUCUCCCACAAUCUACCCGACUCUUAACUCAGGAAAUCAGACGUAUCUCAUCCGCUGGCAGCGGCUUUAUUAUGGAACAUGACCACCCUGACUCUUCUACCACUCCUUUCAGGCCCCCCUUACCUCAACAUCCUAUUACCAGGCCUAUGGAUUUCGACUGGCCCCAUAGAGAGGACAAUGGGAAUAUCCAAAGAAUGGGAUCCUUUCAAGCAUCUCCAGUGGGUUGGCAUGGGCCACAAGGAAUUCCGACGACUCCUAUAGUGAAGAGAGUUAUCAGGCUUGACGUCCCUGUCGACAAAUAUCCAAAUCAGUAUAAUUUUGUUGGUCGAAUUCUGGGACCUCGCGGGAACUCGUUGAAAAGAGUGGAAGCCAUGACAGAAUGUAGGGUUUACAUCAGAGGCUGUGGCUCUGUGAAGGAUUCGAUUAAGGAAGAGAAGCUUAAAGAUAAACCUGGGUAUGAGCACCUUAAAGAGCCAUUGCACUUGUUGGUGGAGGCAGAGUUUCCUGAGGAUAUAAUCAAUUCCCGCUUGGACCAUGCUGUGGCAGUACUAGAAAAUCUUUUGAAGCCUGUGGAUGAAUCACUUGAUCACUACAAGAAGCAGCAAUUGAGGGAGUUAGCUAUGAUCAAUGGUACUCUGAGGGAGGAAAGUCCAAGCAUGAGCCCUAGUAUGAGUCCAAGUAUGUCACCUUUCAAUAGUAAUGGAAUGAAACGUGCCAAGACAGGAAGAUGACCCCAGUAUGUUAACAGUCAAUCUUACAUUUUUCCCAAGCUAGAUUAUGACCAUCUGAUUUAGAAAUUAUGGUGGCCUUUCUGAUGACUUUAUUCACCAGAAACACCUCCUUAGGGUCUGAAUCUUCUCAACCUGCUUGCAGGGCUGGUCGAUGGUUUAUCCGCUUAAUUUCUCUAUUUCGUUUUGAUGUCUAUUCUUUGCUGUAUUAACCGCUAGAAUAUUGACUGUCGUAUUGCUAAGUUAUAGUACAGUCUUAACUAAGUUGCGGGUGCUACCUAGUAGCAUAUUUCUAGAUUGAUACUUUUUUAUUUUUAUUUUUUUUUAUAAAAAUUGCAUUGUCAAAUUAUUAAAUUUCUUACAUGUGUAUAUCUAAAUAUGCAUGGAAUUGACUCUCAAGCUAAAUAAAACAGAUGUAUCAGUGGCUUUGAUUGUAUUGUGACAUCAAUAAUGUUGACAUUGUUUAA